AUGCGUAACGCUCCGCCCGUUCCACCCUCUUUGGAGGAUGUGGAUGACUGUCCUCCUUUCUCACGACUGUCAGAUCAAGGUAUCUAUUCAGAUUCGAUUUCCAAAGAGCUGGAGAAUUCUUUAACAAUGGCUGCUGUAGCUGCUACAACUCCUGUGAAGUCCACAAAGCAGAUUCCUGAGUCUUUACAAAAACGCAUCACCAAAACAAAGCUCUGCAUUCAUUACGCUCGAGGUCGCUGCAUUCGUGGCGAACUCUGUUCCUUUGCUCACAGCAGCAGUGAGCUCAGGGAACCACCGAAUCUGCAGAAAACACGAUUAUGUGUCGCCUGGAUCAUGACGAACUCUUGUUUUAAGGGAAAUGACUGCAAGUACGUUUCUCUCCUGACAACACAUUCCUUACUCUUGUUCCACAGAUAUGCUCAUGGCCAAGCUGAGCUGCGAUGGACUCCUGAGUUUUAUCGGACGUCUCUUUGUCCGUCAUUGAAGACGCCGUUGGGAUGCUUAAGACGGGAUCAGUGUCGCUACGCCCAUUCCCCCCUUGAGCUCCGAGCAAUGUCUGAGUUAAGUCGUCCUCCAUCAGACGACUGGGUCCCUCCGCCGCCAACGAAAGUCAAUAUGAUGCAUAAGUCCCACUCGAUAUCCAACGAAAUCCCUUGCUGGCGCACCGGAAAAACAAUCUCGCCCGAGUCUCAGAGGAGCGCGUCUCCGGGGUUGCUUCUAUCCGAUAAUUCUCCAGAUUACCCAGAAGCCGAUACGCCAAUUGUCCGCUAUCCCACAGCGCGAAACAUGUACCAGAAUGGAAGGUUUCAACGUGGUUCAGGAAUGGAAUUCGAUCCUGAAAUCUCCUCCCUGAAUCUACUUUCAAGGGGUCGCGAGUCCUCGAUUGGUCCAGUGGAUCUCUAUACGCUGAGCCCUCUGGAUAUUUUGAGAGAUGUUUUAAACACUGUGGGAGCAGCCACCAUGGGAGCCCCGGGUCUUUCACCACUUCACCAAAGCAAGAAACAAGUGUCCCUCUCCGUGCCUCAAGAAGAGUCCCUGGUGUCCCUCUCCGUGCCUCAAGAAGAGUCCCUGAUGUCCAAAUCAACUGUCGAAUCGGCGUUUCGCGAAAGUGGAACAUCGGGAAGCGGCGGCAUCAAGGACGAGCACUCAGAACUUCUACAUGAGAGCUUCAAAGGGCUCGCUGGAUCAUCUUUGCCGUUAUUCCCGGAACCAAUCGAGCGCGCCAGACAACUUCAAAUGCAGGGCAAAUUGAGCUGUGAGAGCGAAUGGAGCAAUUCUUCCUUAGAUCUGAACAACCUUGUUUCCAUUUGGACUGAAAUGACUGUCGCAUCGGAAUCUGACUUGGCAGCUCUGAAUGUCCGUCAUAAAAAACGUGAGAAUACUAAGGCGUUUGAUCAAGAACAAUUUUGGCGUGCAGAAUCGCCUCUGAAUUUCAACACAAACCCUAGGAAUGUUUCCCAAAGCGAACCCCUGGAGUUUAUUCUCGAAGAUCUGAUGAGUGACCGAGAGCGAAAUUCCCUUUCUUUGCUCUAG